AUGGUUUCACCCGUCUUCAGCAUAUUCUGGGACCAGCUCAAAUCCCUCAAGCCGUCCUUUGUCUCCAAGAAGCCCCAUUUCAACUUCAUUACUGUUCAUUACUUCUGGGUCAUAGGACUGUCCAUUCUCGCAUCCGUUGUCAUCUAUGGCACUGCCGCAGGGGAACUCGCAUAUAUAGAUGCGCUCUUCUUCGCCGUCGGCGCAAACACGCAGGCCGGCUUGAACCCCGUCGACGUGAACAAGCUGAACACAUGCCAGCAGGUCAUCAUCACCCUGUGUUCCAUGGCCUCGAGCCCCAUCACCAUCAACUCAUUUGUUGUGUUCCUACGCCUUUUCUGGUUCGAGAAGAAGUUCCAGAAUAUUGUGAGGGAGGCGCGGAAUCGCAGGACCACCAUCUCAAAGUCAAAGUCCACAGCACAGCCAGAGCAGCAGACUCGGCCGCAAAAUGGUGUUAAUGGCCGCCACAUUACCGUCAUGCACAAUGGCAUUAGGACGAGGAUGACGAAUGAUGGCAUCGUCCUAGAUAACACGUACAAGCCUUCGGAUGGCAGCAGUUCGGGCGUCAGUCCUGACGAGACACCCCCAGGGCAGGGUUCCGGUCCAGCAGUGACCGACAGUCCCGGCCCGGGUAUCCGGUUUGCAGGGACCGUCAAGAGAAGCGAUGGCGUCGAGGACGACCAGCUCAAGUACCCACGGAAACGGACACAGGAGGAGCACAUUGCUAUCCUCGAACGCCAACGGAAUAACAACAAUGACGAGAUCCUCCGGAUACCCGGGCCAAUGGAUGUCGAGAGGGGACUACGUCCCAGCAGGAUAGAGGAGGACUCCGACGAGCAAGACCCGCCCCUGUCGCCCGGGGCCCGGGUCAACAGCACGGGUGAUGCGGACAGGUCAGCACGUCCCAAGGGAAUAACAAUCCAGGAGCCGGCUGCGAAGGAACCCAAGCACAACAGCACCAUGGAUGACAUAAACGACGACGCGAGGGCUUUCAUCAACGUGCUCACCCCAUUCAGGCUCCGAAAGCCCCGUUUCUUCAGCAAGGACGAUGAUAAGCUCCAUCAUGACAGCGAUGCCCCGUUCUCCAAGAUAAAGAGACGCCAGACCCUCGACACGAUCAGAAACGCCCUCACCAGGGACAAGGAACAGGACGAGGCGCCUUACCUGAGCUGGCAGCCUACCCUCGGCCGCAACUCGCAAUUCCAUGACCUGACCGAGGACCAGAGGGAGGAGCUGGGCGGCAUCGAGUACAGAUCCCUCAAGACCCUCUCAUUGAUACUUACCAUGUACUUCUGGGGAUUUUGGAUCCUGGCGGUAAUCUGCCUGACCCCUUGGAUUAUCAACUCAUCUUAUUAUGGCUCAAUCGUGGAUAAUGCCGGCCAGUCGAGGGCGUGGUGGGGCAUCUUCACCGGCAGUUCUGCCUUCAUGGAUCUGGGCUUUACCUUGACCCCCGACAGCAUGAAUUCCUUCAACACAGCAGUCUUUCCGCUCUUGGUUAUGAGUUUCUUCAUCGUCAUUGGGAACACGGGAUUCCCUGUGAUGCUCCGGUUCAUAAUUUGGGUCACGAACCUCUGGGUGCCUCGCCAUUCCGGCCUGUGGGAAGAGCUCCGGUUCCUCUUGGACCAUCCUCGUCGAUGCUUUACUUUGCUGUUUCCCGCAGCGGCGACAUGGUGGCUCUUUUGGCUAUUGGUCAUACUGAACGGGAUCGACUUGAUCUUUUUUAUUAUACUAGAUCUCGGCAGCGGACCAAUCGCAGAGCUGUCUCCUGGCAUCAAAAUCCUUGACGGCCUCUUCCAGGCAGCGUCGACGAGGACGGCCGGGUUCUCGUGUGUCAACCUCAGUUAUUUGCACCCCGCCGUCCAGACAUCCUAUCUUAUCAUGAUGUAUAUCUCUGUCUUUCCCAUUGCCAUCUCUGUCCGUCGCACCAACGUCUACGAGGAGAAAUCACUCGGCAUAUACCAAGACACCACUGGCGAGGAUGACGAGGGCACGCACGCCAAUUCUUUCAGCUAUGUCGGCGCCCAUUUGCGGCGCCAACUCUCCUUCGACUUGUGGUUUAUCUUCAUUGGCUUCUUCAUCCUGUCGAUAUCGGAGGGCAGUCGGCUGUCGAGCAAUGACUUCUCCAUGUUCGCUGUCCUCUUCGAGAUAGUGAGCGCGUACGGCACCGUCGGCCUCAGCCUGGGGUACACCAACGUCAACGCCUCACUGUCGUCCCAGUUCACGGUCGUGGGCAAACUGGUCAUCAUUGCAAUGCAGAUCCGAGGCCGCCACCGUGGCUUGCCGUACGGCCUCGACCGCGCCGUCCUCCUCCCGAGCGAAUCCCGGUUCCGUAACGAGGCCGAGGAGCCGCCGCUGACGGGCAUGAGGACCCGGACGAUGCCCAGAAGGGCCUCGGUCGUGUCAGUUGCGACAGAUGGCAGAAGUCUCAACCGCGGGCGCACCAGGAGCAUAGACAACCGGGUUGACCGUGUCAACUCCAACGUGAUCUCUCAGCUUCUGCAGAUAGGCCCCGCCAUACCACACCAUGACACGAGCCUCAGGAGGGUAACGUCGGACCCGACAGUGGAUCACCCGGGAGCUACCCUCGGGCCGGCAUUUGAGCCUUACAUGAGCAUGCCGCGCCGGUCAGAGACGUACUCAAUGUCGAGGCGGUCAAUAAACAACGCGACGCUGGCAAGGGACAGGGAAAGGGAAAGGGAAAGGGAAGAGGUCUAA